AUGGCCUCUAUACACGCCUCAAUCCCCCUUCACAUGACUCGUCAAGUAUCUUUCACAGAUACGUCUUACACAGUCUUAUAUUCCCCCCCUCCAAUACCAAGCACUCUCAACCUUGAAUCCAUCCGUGAAACCCGCUUGUGCCUUGAAAUUCAUGUCGAUUCUCAGUCUUGGGACAUUCUACCUGAUCCCGUCCAUCGACACACACUCUCCCCAAUAAUGACAGGUACUAUGUGCAUUUCCAAGGUUUCACCCCGCAUCGAAGGGUUCUCCUUAAUCAAAGGUCCUGACUUUGGACCAACAUUCGUUCUCCAUGCCUCGCCUUUAGUCAACAAGGAACAUCUGAUGGGCCUCAUCCCCUCCAAUGUCAUCCUUUAUUCAGGAGCGAUUGCAUUUGAGAAAGGCCGGUCCCUCCAUAUCGCCGCCGAAACAAUUGAAUUGUUCCACAAUUACCAAAACCCUCAUACUUACAAUUUAAGAUCAAGAUCCUUCUAUUGGUCGAAAUAAAUCUGUUCCUCUUCCCAAUACCU